AUGUACAGUAGAGGGUUAACAUUUCACCUUCUAACCCUUCCAGGCCUCUACUACGUGGACUCUGAGGGGAACCGUGUCUGCGGGGACCUGUUUGCUGUGGGCUCUGGCUCCAUGUACGCGUAUGGCAUCGUGGACAGUGGUCUGAAGCAGAAGGACCUGACUGUGGAGGAGGCCUGUGAUCUGGACCGUAGGGCCAUCUACCAGGCCACCUACUGUGACGCCUACAGUGGAGGACAGGUCAACCUGUACCACGUACACAGUGAGGGCUGGACCAGGAUGUCCCAGUCGGAUGUCUUAAUGCUGCUCCAACAGUACCAGGCAGAGAAGGCAUAG